CCGUAAAUAUGGAGCACAUAUUCAGAGAUAUUUUGACACGCUUGUUUGUAGAUGCCAUCAACCUUCAGUGGACUAACUCAGGUUCAAGAUGACUGAGCAAUCUCUUUCGUCGUCUCCAAACAGCCAAUGGUCGUCCCAGAUCAGCGGCUUGUCCAAUAAAAAGAAGAAGGCCAAGAAGAAGAAUGAACAGGCUGCCAACAGCUGGGUCUGGGAUGAGGAGGCCCACUGUCUGAAGUUUACAGGUUCUGAUCUGACAGAGGAAGAGGUGGUGAGGCGGCGAAGCAAUUUCAUGUUCAACGACUUGCAGCACCGAUCCGAGUGGUUGGCUGACAUUUGCAAGUGGAGGGAAAGGGGCCGCAAAAGCUUGGGGAAGGUCUUAAGCCGAGCUCAGUUUGAUGCAUAUAAAGCAGCCAUGAUGGAAAAGCAAGGGGACUUCAUCACCCUGGAUGACGUGAAACAAGUUGCUAUUGGACUUCUGCAGGAGAAUUAUUACCCACCAGUCCCAGUCUGCUUCAUGGACAUCCUAAAGAAAAAAGAAUUGGAUAACUUCUUGAUCGAUCUUUUUCUUUACUUGUCGUGUCACCUUGAGCACAUGGCUUUGGAGAAUAAGCCACAGUCAAUAACCGGCGAGAAGCUCAUCACGGAGCAGCAGAAAGUGGCAAGGAUCAUGGCCAAGAAGGAGAUCGCCCACGAGAAGUUGUCGGUCUCUUACCUGAGCCUCUUCACUGAUCUGCACAUCACUCCACAGUUGGAGCAGAAACACGUCACGCAUCACAUGGGCCAGAUGACUGCAAACAGCACUGAAUGCUUGCUUCAUGCGUCUAUGUACAGCUUCUUCUGCUUUGCCGGCUGGGUGACAUUUGGAAGGACCGAGCUGACGCUCAUCCAGGACGAAGUGUGGCGACUGCUUAACUCCGACAAAUUCACAAUGGCUGUGCAGAACAGGAUCGACGUGGGCUCAUCGAAGACUGUGAAGGAGACCGAGUCAAAAAACAACCUCGGGCAACAAAUCUCAGUGAAGGAGCCUGGUGUGUUCAGUAUCUAUAACCAGCGCUCUCCAAUGAUGGAGACAGUCUUGCCCACACCUGAGGAGAAGUCAGCCCAUCUGUUCAGCAGUGUUCGCUCCAAGGAGCUGAGUGUGGUAGAAGUGGAACCGGAUGAAAUUGAGGUGCUGAAGGAAGAACUCGAGGAACAGCUGGGGAGUGGAAGGUUUGGGAUCAUAGGAAAGUCAUUUACCCAAUUCUGCCGAAAAAUCCUGAUACCUUUUAUUGACAAACAGGAUGAUGACGAAGAGGACAAUUUUACAGACGACAACGCAAGCAACGAUUCAGGGAACCAACCACAUUAAAGGUCUUUCAAUAUUGAUAAACCUAAAACUACUUUUUACUCUUUCAGUCUUUCACUAACACUACUGCAUAGUUUAUGAAAGCUAUAUAGCUAGUUUAUUUAGUAUUCUUAUUUUAUUAUUUAAAAGAAGGUUGCUCUUGUUAUUGUUAAUCACCGUUUUAUGCAUAAAAAUAUUUGAAUGAAUCGUUAUUGAUUUACCGUUUGACCACCAGAUGGGGGUGCUGUUUCAUACACUAUUUUGAAGUAAAUAUCUGUCAACGUGUUGAAAUGUUGAUGCCAGUGUAAAAAUACAGUUUAUGACUGACUUGAUUUCACCAUGAAUAAAGGCCACAUUUUGCGGAUCAGAAUCGCCUGCGCUAAUAGUUGAGAAAAUAAAACCACUUUCUUGUUUCAUGGACUGAAUCAAUUUUUCCCUUCAUGUUAUUAUUCAACUUACAUUCAUGUCCUCUGUUGUGUUACCCAGCAGCACAACAAAGUUCCCCGGCAUUAAAUCUGAUUCUGUGUCCUUGUGCUGCCCCAUGCCAAGCUGACAGUGAACCGCUGCCAAACACGCUCGCACGCGCACACACUCAGACACACAAACACACAUCCAUACAGCUUGGUGGCAGAAGGGACUUUGCAUUCGCCCUAAUUGGCUGCGUAAUCUGGGACAUGGACUAGAGUUAAGCCCUUUGAGGAAUAGAAGGCCACUGUCCGCGCAGGAGCAAGGGGGUGGUGUCAACUUUUAGGCUACACACUCAAACAAGACAAUGCGUUUGCAAAACAACUCUAUGGCUUCCAUGUGCAGUUGAUCAGUUGUUGACACAGAUGGGAAAAUAUUGUUGAGAUUACGAGGAGAUGCAGCAAACCCCGCUGUAUUUUAGGUCUCACCCCUUUUCUCAAUUGAGUCCAGGGUUUGGGUCCAUGGGUUAGUUGCUUGACUUCCCAUUAUGUAUUCAACUGAGCCACUGCUUUGUGAUGCAGAAAGAAGUCAGUUGAGCUGGUUAUAGGCUACUUAUGGAGCUGUGCUGAUUAUCUGCAUGUUAUACAUGUUAUAUUAUACGUUAAUGAUGCUUCACAUGUUCAAACAUUAACACCACGUAUUGAGCUUAAUCGGAGGCUUUGUGAAGCUCCAUCAAGGAGAAAACCACGGGUGAGGCUAGGUAGAAGUACUGUAGGUCCUCUGCUGACUACAUGACUCCAUAUGAUAUACGGCUUGUGGUGUUGGUGUCUAAGGCCUUAGCUGUUCCAAUUUACAAAACUAUUGAAAAUACAAGGCUCUAACUCAAGCAACUUGCUGAAUUAUUGCUGUUGUUGUUGCUGUCUUUAUUAGUAGCAGCUAUGUUGACACAUUUCUUUUAUAAUAUCCUUUGUUACUUGCCAUGCAACAUUAGAAGAGUAUCGGUAUGAACAAGUACAUAUACUAAAAUAAUAAAGAAAAUGGCCGACGCGAAGAACAAUAUCGUGAAUUCACGAUAAAUAUUGAAAGGACAAGACAACAGAAAGGCAAGAGUGUGGUUCACAUUGGAAGGAGUGCCAGACUACACUGCAGACAAGACUAUGACUUGACGCCAACAGGGGGAGACUUUGCUCAGUGCUGAUUGAACUCAGUGGGCACGCUGUGUGAGAUUUCAAGUUGGCUUUUAAUGUUUAAUUCCAUUUCAUUUUUGCACAUUUGCAGCGCAUGGGUGUUCUUUUCCUGUGAUCUAAAUUUAAUUAAAUGUGGUAACACACUGAAUAAGCAAUAUUCCUAUUUCUGCUCAAAUCUUGUUAAACACUGGUUGGUCAGUUUCGUACUAGCUAUAGUGUGGAAAUGGUUCUUCUUUAUCCAGCCAUUUAUGGAAUGUAUUAUCUAUGAACUUUAUCAUUAUUUGGGAAUUAUCUAUGAACUUAUCUUUAUGUUUUACUG